CUUUCUCUUCUCUCUCUUCUCUCCCUAUCCUUUCUCUCUAUCGUGUUCUCUCAUCUUUUUCCCCAAACCCUAGACCGCCGCCGUCCCCCUUUCUUCACUUUGUUUUCAUGUUUCCAUGGCUACCAAACAUCUCUCAUUCUCCUUUUGACGAACCACCCUCCCCUAGGCUUGCAAUUUUAACAUUUUUGCCGUUAAUAUUAAGCCAUGCUUCAAUAAUCACAUAAUGCAAUUUUAUCUAUUCGCUUCUGAUAUUGAAUUUGAAAUCAUCUGUAUGUAGCUUUAGAUCUGCAAUUUCAGUGGCAACUAAUAUGGUUGCAGAUUCUUUGGGGACAGAAACAGAUGGAUCUAUCAUUUUUCUAGCUGAUCACAACUCAGUAGACGGGAUCAAGCCGACUGUUGUACUCACUAGCAGGGAUGGGCCAAUGCGCAGGACAGUUUCAGAUGCAGUUCAUGUGCUUGGAAAGUUUAUACCUUCAGGUAGUUAUAAGCAAUUCCUCAAUAAACAAGGGCUUAAAGGAAAGAUAGUAGGUGUUUUGAGGAAUCCAUCUUUGGUUGGAUCAAAUGUCACUUCCAUAUUUGAAGAUCAUAUCAACGUGUUAAGAUAAUACUAUUACUGUUCACUCUCACAUCAACAGAUUUCACUUGUCCUGGAUUUCUAUUUUAUAGCAAGAAAAACAUCUUUCAUCUCUUUUAAGUACAGCAGGGGAUGGCUACUUUCAGCACCUAUCAACUUCAGCAAGCUAGCUAUGAGUGUUUACGUUUUUCAAUGUAGGCAUAGGUUUGCUUCUCAAUUUUAUU